AUGAACUAUAACGGCGUAACUCCAAGAGUGAUACUGGGUGGAAACAGAGCGGCAAAGCCAAGUGCUGCUGGUACUGGUGUUGGCACUGGUACUGGCGCUGGCACUGGAACUGGUGUUGGUGCUCCAAGGUCAACUCCAACUCCAGCUCCAGCUCUCACAUCAUCACCUCCCACAACACCAGCUACAACAUCCGCAACAGCAACUACAAAGCCAAUACAACAAACACAGUUUGCUCCUGGCAAUGUACCAACUCAAACUCAGAACGGUAGCAUCACUGGAAGGCAACAAACAUCAACAUCUGUACAUAGCAAGUCAUUGUCAAGUCCAAACAUCAAUCAAACAUCAUCAACAUCAACGCCAACAUCAUCUUCACAGAAGGAUCGCACUUCAUCAUUGAAUAGUGUACCACAAACAACAGCAUCAGCAUCAGCAUCGGCUGCCAACAACAAUAACAACACUUCUUCAUCAUCAGGACGUCCAAGUUCAAACACAAGCUCUGGAGGCUCUAUCUCACGUUCAGGCUCUGGAGCAAACGAUCAGGGUGGAUCAGUCAGUGAGAUAUAUCAAUUGAUCGUCGAGCAGAAGUUGACAGAGAAUGAGAUAUGGGGUGGCCAUCCCGACCUCUUCCCCAUCCUCUUCCAAUUCCCCAACGUGUUCAAGUCUAGUACCGGUCAAGACACCGGAAGUAGUCAUCUUCUCACAGUCAACUUGCCAAACACACCAGAGUUUGGUGGCACUGGCACUGGCGCUCCACCAAAGAAGUGUGGAUAUAAGAUUGGAAAGAAGUUGACUGUGGCACAAACAAUCAAUCUAAUAUGCAAGAAGCAGAAUAGUCCAGCAGACCCUCAUCGAUAUUAUCUCAAGACAUUGUAUGGUUGUGUGUUGGAUGAGGAGCAGUUGCUGUCUACCUAUGGAUUUGGAACGUUCUUCACAUCAUGGGAGCUUAGUCUUGUUGCCAAGGAUGCAUAUGCAACUAUGGACUCUAUAUUACUUGCACAGCAACAUCAAGUGAUGGAGCCCACCGAGUUCAUCAUAGACUUCCAGUUGCCGCCACUCAAACAACUUCAAGGUCUAAAGAAGAAGAGACUAAAGGUUGACUCAAGCAUGACCAUCGGGCAGAUAAUCGACAACAUUUGCACCAAGUUCAAGAUUAAUGAUCCAGAGAGGUUCUCAAUACUCACCAAUGAGGAGUUCCCCUUGCAAUUGCAUCGUGAUGCCUCACUGGCUCAUUAUGGUCUUGGCAACAAGGUCGCCGGCAACACUCCAUCACCCCCUGGUGACAACAUCGAGCUGAACAUAGUGUUCAAUGAGUUCAUUCCUCCUUAUACACUGCGAAGCAAUGUCGUUCCAUCAUUUGGCGCACUUCAAAUGGGUGCAACGGCAUCAGGACAUCAACAGAGACAACGCCGUGCGGCUUUGGUAGAGCUUGAGAACAAACUACACGAGUCAAUCGACCUCAACAGAAGUCUGGCGCAGAGGUUCAAGGAUGUGGCAGGGGAGGCCAAAGAGCAUGAGGACAAGACGAACCAACAAAUCACCGAAAUGGAAGCAAGCCACAACUAUAUCAUGCAACGAAUCGUUCAGCAGUUGACCGUGGUCAAGGAGAACUUCAUGCAAGAGAAGGAGGGACACAAGCGCCAGCUAUCGAUCAUGCUGCAGGAGAAGAGCACGAUGGUUGGAGAGCGCGAUAGGCUCACGAGCGAGAACACUCGAUUGGCAAGCGAGUUGGGCGACGCUGGUGUCAAGGCAUACCAGGAGCGGGCCAGCCACACCGAAGUCGUCCUGAAGCUGAAUGAUACAAUCGACUCUAUGUCCACACGAACACGCUCGCUCGAGGAGAAGGUGGCCGAGCAGGGGCGUCGCAAUGACGAGCUGGACACCGCACUCAAGGCCAGUCAGGCCAGUCUGGAUCGUGCAAAGGCCGAUGCACAAAAGGAUGAAGUGACACACAUGGAGCAACUCAAACAGAUGGAGCUGGAGCAUGAUGAGCUGCGUGCCAAGUCCGAGGGCAUCAUCCGUGAGAUCUACAAGAGAAUGGAGGUUCAGAAGCAAGGAGAGGACCAACGCAUCCAGGCGCUCACUCAAUCACUCAAGCAGAGCGAGGAGCAGCGUAUACAGUCUCUCACGCAAUCACUAAAGCAGAGUGAAGAGCAGCGCAUCCAGGCGCUCACUCAGGCACUCAAACAAGAGGUGAUCGUGGCGGUAUCGACGCAAAAGGAGGUCGAGCAACAGAAGAUCCAGACUAUCACACAGACUCUCAAGCAGAGUGAGGAGCAGCGUAUCCAGGCGCUCAAACAAAGUGAGGAGCAGCGCAUCCAGAGCAUCACUCAAUCGCUCAAACAGACAGAGGAGCAGCGCAUCCAGGCGCUCAAACAAAGCGAGGAACAGCGUAUUCAGGCACUCAAGCAGACAGAGGAACAGCGCAUCCUGGCGCUCAAACUGAGCGAGGAGCAGCGCAUCCAGAGCAUCACUCAAUCACUCAAGCAGAGUGAGGAGCAACGUAUCCAGGCACUCAAACAGAGCGAGGAGCAGCGCAUCCAAGCGCUCAAACAAAGUGAGGAGCAGCGCAUACAGAGCAUCACUCAAACACUCAAGCAGGAGACCAACGUGGCCAAUAUUGAACGUGAGAACAUGCGAUCAGCCAUCAACAAACUCACUGAGGAGUUGAAGGAGAAGGACAACAUCAUCAGAUCGGUACAUCCCAAGAAGAUUGAGACGUUGGAGCAGUCGAUCAAACAGUUGGAGGCCAGGAUGGAGCAGACUGAGCGCGACUCCAAGCUCAACAAACAGCAGGCAACACUGAGGUCGAUGGAGGUGGACGAGCUGAAGCGCCAGAUGGAGUUGCAGCGCGUCUCUAGCCAGGAGCAGGUGCGCCAGGUGCAGGGCCAGCUGGAUCGCGCCACCAACCAAUCCAGCGACGAAGAGGGCAAGUUCAGAAAGUUGAACCAGGACUUUGCCGCGAUCAAGGCUGAGCUAGAGACUGAGCGAUACAAGAAUGAACAUAUCACCAAGUCCCUCAACGAUGUCAAGCAGGCCAAGUUGGAUCAAGAGGCUGCCUUUAGGGCGAAAGAACAGGCCAUGCUCACAAGUGCAUUGUCCGAUCAUCACCAUGUAGUGGCACCAGUGGCACCACCCUUGCCAUCAUCAUCGUCAUCAUCAUCAUCAAUCAAGAACAACAACAACAACAACAGAGUUCCAGGCAGCAGCAGCAACGGCAACAACAAUAGAUCACCGGAUGUUGGAGUUGGUAGAGAUGAUUGUGACUCGAUCAUCACGAGUGAGUCAUUGUCUGGCGCCAAGAACACAUUGCGCGCCGUUCCCAACAUUGCACCUGCAGCUCCACUUGAUCGUGGAGUAUCCUCCAUCGCAGAGAUACUACGUGCUUCCAUGCAAAAGAGAUUCAAUGCCAUGAACCAAGUAGACUUUGUCGAGUUGGAUGACGUCGAUGAUGGUGAAUUCCAGGAUUGA